GCAGCCAGUGGAGUGUGUGCACGCGGUGGUCGCAUCUCGGAUUGUCCUGCGUUUUUACUUCGUGUGGUUUAUAUCGACACAAAGGAUUUCAAGGAAAAUUCAAACACAGGAGGACGACAGCAAUCUAAAGAGGUAACAUUUGAACAGUCUGUUUGUCAACUUGUCCUUGUGGUAAAACAUGACUGAGGUGGCGCAGUUCGCGGCUGUGGAAGGCCACGACAUGGAUGAUGUCAUAAAUGAAAGUGAACUCAACACGAGCGAUGCAGAAAACAAGGAAGCUGAUACAACACAUGAGGAAGAUGACUUGGUGGUUGAUGAAGAAGCGGUGGGUGAUGAGGACGUGGUAGUUGAUGAAGAAGCGGUGGGUGAUGAGGACGCGGUGGGUGAUAAAGAUGGUGCAUCCGAGGAGAAAAAUGAGGAGACAUCGCUCACAGAAGAAAAAGAGCAUGACAACAUGAAUGAUGAAGAAAUAAAUGAGACAGAUAAGACACAUAUAAACGGUGUGGAUCACAACGAAAACCACACAGCUGAGGAGAAGGAUGAAAGUUCAGAAGCUGUCAAUGGAGUAAAACAGGACACAGAGACGAAGGAGGGUGAAGAGUCUGACACAAAUGAAGGCCAGGUUACUUCUGAACUGGCACUUAAAAAACAGAGACUCCUCCGAUCCAGAAAGCCUGUGGCAAGAACCUAUGUGCCGAACCCUAACAAAGAAAAGGGGGAAGUCACGGGCAAAUUUGAGGCCAUGCAGAAGGCCAGGGAGGAGCGCAGCAGGAAGAGGAACAAGGACGAGCAGCAGAAGAGGAAGGAUCAAUACGUCAAGGAGAGAGCGUGGAGCGUCAGGAAGCAGCAGAUAAAAGAACUGCUCGCUUCCAGUGAUGAGGAAGAGGAGGUGAAGCCAGUAAAGGUAGAAAAAUCCUACGUCCCCAAAAUCACAGGUAGUGUGAAGGGGAAGUUUGCAGUCAUGGAAAAACAAAGACAAGAGGAAGAAAAGAAGAGGAUGGAAGGAGAGAGGAAUAAGAGGGAAGCCCAGGACAACAAAGAAAAAGCCAAAAUAAAGAAAGAACUGGCUAAGAAAGCAGCUGCGGAAGGAGAUGACUCAAUCCUGGUACGAGUGGUUCCAGGGAAGGUAUCUCGACCUCCGGGCAGAAUCAAGACGAACUUUGAAGACAUGGAGAAGAAUCGAGAGGAGGAAAUAACAAAGAAGGCAGAGGAAGAGAAGAAAAAACGUUACGAUGAAAACAAACGCUCCUUCAGGGAUGCCAAGCGGUGCUCGGUUGUUGAGCAGGAUGAAGAAGAGAAGCCUUCAGAGAGGGCGCAGGUUGUUCCUGGAAAGCUGAAGAUGACAUUUGAGGAGCUGGAGAAGGACAGGCAGGAGCACAGGAAGAAGACGGCCGGGGAGGAAGCCAAGCGCCGCCUGAUAGAUGAGAAGAAAGGUUUCGAAGAGGCCAGGCUGGGAAUGGGAGAAGAUGGAGAGGACACUCAGGCAGCGCAGGACGACAAGGAGGAGCACCGGCCUGGAAAACUGAGGUUGAGCUUUGAAGAAGUGGAAAGGCAGAGAGUAGAGGAAGAACGCAAGAAAGCAGAGGAGGAGUACAAGAGACGAAUGGAGGAGGAGAGAAGAGCUUUCGCUGAAGCCAGGAAGAGCAUGCUCGUAGAUGAAGAUGAUGAGGUGCUGAUGGCCUUAGUGAACAUGGAGGGCAGUAAGCCCGGGAAGAUUUGCGCCAGUUUUGAGGAUCUGAAACGCCAGAGAAGAGAAGGAGAUCAGAAGAAAGCCGAGGAGGAUGCCAAGAAGAGACUGGAAGACGAAAAGAGGCUCUUCGCUGAGGCCCGUAAGAGUAUGGUAGUGGAUGAGGAAGAAGGGAUGGUGAAGAGUGAAUCUCAGGAAGCACUGCACCCUGGAAAACUGGAGAUGAACUUUGAAGAGCUACUGAAGGGGAAGGAGGAAGCUGAGAGGAGGCGCAAGGCAGAUGAACGCAAAAGGAAAAUGGAGCAGGAGAAGCAGGAAUUCGAACUACUCAGACAAGAGAUGGGCAAGGACGAAGUGAACGAGAGCUCAGAUGUUGUAAGCAAAGAGUAUCAAGAACUAACCAAGCUCAAGAGGACUGGCUCCAUCCAGGCCAAGAACCUCAAGUCCAAAUUUGAGAAGAUCAAACAGCUGACUGAAGAGGACAUUCAGAAAAAGAUUGACAUGGAGAGAGCACGGAGGAAGGCUGUUGAUGAAGAAAUAAAAGAGAGAGAAACUGAGAGGUUCCAGGAGGAGGAUGAAGGAGGAGAAACAUCUGCAGUGAAGGUCGAUGAAUCACCAUUCAAACAGAAAGUGGAUAUGAAGGCUAGAUUUCAACAAAUGGCCAAAGCCAGAGAGGAUGAGGAGAAGAGGAGGAUAGAGGAGCAGAAGCUGCAGAGGAUGCAGUUUGAGCAGCAAGAGAUCGAUGCUGCACUCCAAAAAAAGAAGGAGGAUGAUGUGGAGGAGGAGGGCAGCAUCAUUAAUGGCUCUGCGGCUUAUGAAGAUGAAGAGGAUCACGCCAGAUCGGGGGCUCCAUGGUUUAAAAAGCCCCUUAAAAACCAAUCAGUGGUGGACUCGGAGCCGGUUCGGUUCAGCGUCAAGAUCACCGGGGAGCCCAAGCCGGAGGUGACCUGGUGGUUUGAGGGAGAGAUGCUCCAGGACUGUGAGGACUAUCAGUAUAUAGAGAGAGGAGAGACGUCCUGCCUGUACCUGCCCGAGACCUUCCCUGAGGACGAGGGAGAGUACAUGUGCAAGGCUGUGAACAGCAGAGGCACAGCAGCAAGUACCUGCAUCCUCACAAUAGAAACUUAUGACUACUGAUGCCCUUCCAUGUUCUGGAAACUUUCCCUGUUGUCUCUCACUCCUUUUGUAAAACUUUCUCCCUCAUAGUAAGGUCAAACAGCAGAGGGAAGGAAAUAGCAGUAUGCUUGGCAUUCCUAAGGGAGGGAUACACAACACAAAAAAAGCGACAUGUUGUUUACGUUUGUAAAGCUGCACUCCCUGUAGAGUAGGAUGAUACUUGUGCCAAAAACCGACACGAUUCUUGUUCCCAUGUCAAGGGGAGGCCCUUACAAUAUUUAUAAGAUCCAGGAAUUAAAGUAUCAUAGUAUUGUAAAUAUCACACUUUAUAGAACAUCCAUGCAAACAUUGUGUUGAGGCAUUGAAAUGUAAAAAGUAAGACGUUCUUGUGUACGAAUUUUAAAGGACAAGGUAUGGGAAUAUCAGUAAAAGUAAUUUGGCUUGGGUGUUCUACUACAACUUCAUCAAAACUAAUAUGUCAUGUCAUAUUAGUGGACACAUGGAAAACCCCAGUGAAGGGUCUACCGACAAUGAUAUUGCUGAUCAAACCAAUGAGAACUUGUGUUCUUCCUGAUAUGUGUUUAAACUAUUUAGGUCCAGUUUGAAUGUUUUUAAAUUGCAGCAUCUUAAAAAAAAAGAAAUCUUGAUUUUUCAUGCAACAACCCCUUUUUUUUUUUGAGUCUGAAUCGAGUUGAAUCUUGAAACAGUUGUCAUAAAUCAGUUGUGCUUGACAGUAGGUAACCGUUUUAUGGUUUGAUAAUGAAAAAUGAAUAUGCUAGCCUGAAUAUUUGUCAUUUAAUAUGAAUUAAAAUGUUUUAAUAAAAUGAACAGAAAUAUCAGA